GGUAAGUCAUGUUGCUGCAGGAUUUCCGUCUGUUGAAUUUGUUUCCUGACAACAGUGAUCUUCCAUGUCCAUUAUGCACUUGUAUUAUACCUAAACACUUUUGAUCUUUAGCGCUCUCUGUCUCUCUCCACUUUUGCUUUUCCAAAUCGCUGUUCCUACAUCUUACCACCUCUUCUUGCUUCACUUCUUGUCUUAUAUGCAUCAGCCCGUAGUACCAGGAAUAAGUUCAUAGCCAAGUUUUGUUUGUUAUUAUGUAUUUCUUAUUUUUUUCUGAGAAAAUGUCAAUAAAAAUCAAUUGAAAACAGCAACUGUGGAUCCUUAGGAGCUUCUGGGUCGGAGCUUCUGACAGAACGCAAGCUUGUUCUGGUGGGAAAAAGGCAUUGGUUUGUUUAUAGAAAAGGGUGUGCUCACAACUCAAGAUCCAGCUCUAAUGGAAUUCCUGCUUAUGUUUACAAAAUUAGAAAGUGUUAACAAGGCAUAUUUUGUUCUUUGUGAUCUUGCAAAGAGCUUAAUAUGUUAGCUGCAUCAAUGCAUCUUAAAGAACAUACAAGCACUUUCCCUUGUUGCAUAACCAGGUCUUGCUGCUUUGGAUUGUUGGCUCCACUCUCAAGGCAGUGUUUAAAUGUGCUUCUUAUACAUACAGUAAUAUUGGUGGGUUAAGCAUACAACUCUGAGCUGGAUUGUCGACGAUGAAUAUUCCAUAGCUUUUAUUGUUUUUCAAAUGUAUUUCUGUUGUGAUUGAAUAAACAAAGUCAAUAACAAGGUGGAAACUGAGUUUGUAAAGUGAUUUCCAUGAAAAUAUUUGUGGAAUUGUUUGGGCGUCCGAUACUUUGGGGGAGAAGGUGAUUAUAAAAUUUUUUCUAGAAUAAUGCAACGGGAUGUACUCCUUACCCCAAGCUUGGCACUAUUGAACCUGUCGCAAUUCAAAUCGGGUUUUAAAGAACAAUGUUCUUACUGUUCAUCUUCUUGUGACUAGGUGGACAAUAACGAAAGUUUGGAACAAUUGCACCUGAACUGAACUGAAUUAUUAGUGUGUAUAUUCUAGCAUAUAGCCUCCUGGGAGAAACUCCCUCAUAAGCUAUAGGCAGGGCCAUCUUAAGCAUAACGGGCACCCUGGCGCCGUGGUGCAAAGAUCGCUCCGGCGGCCCCACGCCACCCCAUUUCCCACCAUGGCGGGCGGGCGGGUGCAGCGCCGCUGCAGCAGGUGCAGCUGUGCGGCACCCCCCUGGUGGCACGGCGUCCUGCGCCACCCAGCCUUGCCUUAGAGCCGGCAAUUUGUAUUGGUGGUGGUGGUGGUGAGGUUAGAAAAGAGAUUAAAUUGUGCCAUUGUGUUUCCUUUUGUUUGAGCAUAAAGGUGGACAGGGCAUAGCUGGAUACUUUCAACAAUAUAUAAAUUGGUGUAGAUAUCCUGAUGUCCAUAGGGAAAUAUUUAAAGUGUUUUCCAGAAAUUUUGCAAGAAGGUAACAGAAGAUGAAGACAACUAAAUAUUCAAAUGCUGCUUUUGUUUAUAUUAACUAUGUUGUCGUAUUUUGUAUCAUACCAUGCUGUGAUUUGGAUUCUGAUUAUCUUUUGGGGUAAUUUGUUUAUUUGUAGUAAUAUCUUAUGGUUGAAUAAUGACCUCAAUUUGCUUGGAAAUUAAACAAAGGGUCUGCUGGUUUCUCUUUAAGGUUUCCAGACUCAAAAGAGAGCAGGGCAAUGAAAGGCACAGAAGUCCUGUCCUCUAUCUGAGUCUGGCAACCCUACUUGGAAAUGUCAUGAAGGAAAUUAACCUUUGCUGUUCCAAAGAAGUGAGAAUAGGAAGGAAACAUUCUAAUUCAGAUUGCUGCUCCUCCCCACUCUCUUUUUCCUGCUUGGUGGAAUCAUUCAUUAGGUUAUUUCCUGCCUCUUUAUGGGCGUGAUGUACAACAAUAUAUGAAGACUUUGCUCUCAUUUCCUACAAGCGCAUUAGCCAAGAACACAGGUGUGGCUGCUCUAGUGGGAACAGAAUUGGGUUUCCCUCAACAGACAGAAGACCAAUCUGCAAAAGGAACACCUAGCUUGCAGAAAAAUACGGCAAUGUGUACAGUCUUCAGAUUGGAAGCAUGAGGUUUGUGGUUGUGAAUGGAUUGCAUCUGGUGAAAGAGGCUCUUGUCCAUCAGGGUGAAAACUUUGUAGAUCGACUAAGUAGUCCUGGUACACAGGAAAUGUUUGGGUCAUCUGGGCUGGUCUUCUCUAAUGGUCUCAGCUGGAAACAACAAAGACGGUUUGCCUUAUCAACACUCAGGAACUUUGGUUUGGGCAAAAGGUCUUUAGAAGAAAGAAUACAGGAGGAAAGCCGUUACUUAAAUGAAGCAAUAGAAGCUGAGAAAGGGCAGCCAUUUGACCCUCACUUUCAGAUUAAUAAUGCUGUUUCAAAUAUCAUCUGUUCCAUCACUUUGGGGGAUCGCUUUGAUUACCAUGACAGCCGUUUCCAUAAUUUAUUGCUCCUGUUUGAUGAGACAAGCCAACUUCAGGGAAGUUUUUGGAGUAUGCUGUACGAUGCAUUUCCUACAGUCAUGAAGCGCUUGCCGGGGCCCCAUCACACACUUUUUAAAAAAUGGGGGCAGUUGAAAUCCUUUGUGAGAGGAAUCAUUGAAAAACACAAAGUAGACUGGAACCCAUCUGAACCCAGAGACUUCAUUGAUGCCUACCUAAAUGAAAUGGCCAAGGAGGAUGCUGCUUCCAGUUUCCAUGAAGAAAACCUCUUACAUUCAACACUGGAUCUGUUUUUUGCUGGAACAGAAACAACUUCUACAACCCUGCGCUGGGCUUUGCUGUACAUGGCCAUAUAUCCAGAAAUUCAAGCAAAAGUCCAAGUGGAAAUAGAUUCUGUGAUUGGCCAUCGCCAGCCAGCGAUGGAUGACAGGGACAGCAUGCCCUAUACCAAUGCGGUUGUUCAUGAAAUUCAAAGAAUAAGCAACAUUGUGCCUGGGAAUGUGCCCCGGGUGACAACUAAGGACACCACACUCGCUGGGUUUCAUAUUCCCAAAGGAACCAUAUUGCUUGCCAAUUUGACAUCUGUGCUGUUUGAGAAGGAUGAGUGGGAAACACCCAAUGAGUUUAAUCCUGGACAUUUCCUGGAGAAUGGUCAGUUCAAGAAAAAGGAAGCAUUCUUGCCAUUCUCCGCAGGAAAGCGAGCUUGUCUGGGAGAGCAGUUGGCGAGGACUGAGCUCUUUCUUUUCUUCACUGCCCUAAUGCAGAAGUUCACUUUCCAGGCUCCAAAGAAUGAGACAUUAAGCCGUGAAUAUAGGAUGGGUUUGGCAUUGUCUCCCCUGCCAUACCGGAUAUGUGCAUUCUCUCGCUAAGGGGACCCAUUUUAUAGCAUUGCCAUUUCUUUUAAAAGUCGGAUUAGUUUUGUUAGAACCACCAGGGCUGAACCAAGGGAAGACUGCCAACUAGAACCAGUUGGACACAGCAGAGUAUGCUCAGGCCUACAGGAAGCUUUUGGUUGCAAGGCAUUGGCAAGACAGGAUAGAUGCAGGAACUCACUGCCACUAGUAACUGGAUAACUAUAUACAGCUUUAUUCAUAUACAGCAGUCUCACAGUUACUAUAUACAGACUUAGAACAGACUUGGAUCUUAGGAAAAUAACAAAGACACUUUUCCCUCUGACUACUCUCUCUCUAAACAUCAACCUUCUCAUAUCACUAUCAACCCACUCUGAGAGUCAUGAUUGUCCUGUCUUUAUUGUCCCCUCAGCCAAUUACCAGGUUGUUGCUUCAGGCAGAUUAGGAGAGAGUUCGUCUUGACCAGGCAUACCCUCCAGAGGUUUUGGCCUACAACUCCCAUGAUCCCUAGCUAACAGGACCAGUGGUCGGGGAAGAUGGGAAUUGUAGUCCAAAACAUCUGGAGGCCAAAGUUUGGGGAUGCCUGGUCUUGACCUAGUACUUAGCUAUCUUGGCUGCUAGCCAACUCUUAAUUGCUCAAUGUGAGUAUCUGCAAAUUUGCACAUAGGCAUUAAAAACCCAACAAGUUUGUGGGGCAGAAACACACCUGUGGCUUAAUCCUAAUUAUGUUUAGCCAGAAUUGAUUAGGGCUUAUCCUAAGUAAGUAGGGUUGGGAUUGCAGCCUGUACCUUUUUAAAAAAGUGCAUUCAACGCACACACACACACACCCCAAGGAAUUCAGGCAACUAUAUUUUAAGGGUGCUGGGAAUUGUAGCUCUCUGAGGGGUAAACUACAUUUCCCAUGAUUCUCAGGGGUGUGUAUAUAUCCAAAUCAUGUUUCAUUGGUGAGGAUCCAAAUUCCAACCUCCCACUUCUUGGUCAGGUGGUCUAUCCCACAUCCCACUAUUUUCAAUAUUAUUACGUCCUGGCUGUAGUGAAGAAAAGGCAUUCUCGGUCGUGGCGCCUGCCCUGUGGAACGCCCUCCCAACAGAUGUCAAAGAGGAAAACAACCACCAGACUUUUAGAAGGCAUCUGAAGGCUUUUCAGGGAGGCUUUUUAAUGUUUAAUAGAUUACUGUGUUUUAUUUUUCUAUUGGAAGCUGCCCAGAGUGCAUUAUAAUAAUAAUAAUAAUAAUAAUAAUAAUAAUAAUAAUAAUAAUAAUGGAAUUCCUGCCUAUGUCUAUAAAACUAGAAAAUGUUGCUUUGAAAAUUUUGUUACGAAACCAAUUCAUAGAAUCAUAGACUCAUAGAAUCACAGAGUUGCAAGGGACCCCAAGGCUAAUCUAGGGCUGCCAUAUAUCUGAGUUUUCCUGGACACAUCCAGGAAUUGGGCUGCCAAAUGGCAUCCGGGCAGAUUUUUCCUGAACUGGGAAAAUGUCUGUGAAAAGUAGGGGUGAUUUAUAAAAAAUAAUAAUGAACAAACCCAACAAUAAUAAUUUAUAGAUACCCAUCUUAAAUUAAACAACACUGCCCCCUAAAAGCUCAACAACUUAACACUGGGAAAUAUGGUCAACCCCCUUAUAUUUCAUGCAAUGUAGGACUCGAACCCAUGACCCUGAGAUUAUCUCUGUUCUGUACUGUUGGCACAAACCCCAAGGCAGAGUUUAAAUGUGCUUAUAAAUAUAGUAAAUUUGGUGAGUUAAACAUACAACUCUUGAGUUGGAUGGUAGACAAUGAAUGUUCCCUAGGUUUUGUUGCUUUCCAAAAACAAUUUUGUUCUUUAAUAAAUGGUGGAUAGCAAGGUGAAAACUGAGUCUGCAAAGUCAUUUCCAUGAAAAUAGUUAAUGGGUUAAAUUCUUGAAUAUUGCCCAGGUUUUAUUAUUUUCCAAAAAUGUUAUUGUUGUGCUUUAAUAUACAUAGUGGAUAACAAAAUGAAAACUAAGUCUGCAAAUUGGUUUCCAAGAAAUUAGUUUAAAGUCUCAAUUUGAAUGUCACUCUGAAGAUACAUGCUCCCUUUCCAUCGGUACUAUUGUGUCCAGUUGAAAACGUUUAAGCAGAAAUUUACUGGGGGUAUUGUGCCUGCAGUUCUUUGAGAGUCUUGGGCUAGAUGUAUGCUUGGCCAGAACAAAUCUCUGCUGUGGUGUUCUUUGAGAGAAGGAGCAUGGAGUCUUAAGGCCUUUGAACAACUAUUGUUAUCAUGGAACAGAUAAAGGCUUACUCUCAGUUCUUUAUAAAAUCCACUGAAGGUGCAUGUGCUGUUUAGAAGUUGUGAUGGGAACAAAAUUUGCAGCUUUCCAUAGAUGAUAGAGACUGGGAAGGGUUGUGGAGAAACCCACCUUAUAAAUCAAUCUUUGCUUCUGUGAGGGUCAGAAGUACCGCACAGCUGGUUUUUGACACCCAGGUAUUUGGCCAACACUGCAUCUGUUUCCUCCCCACUCUGUUGGAUGGUGAUGUGUCACCAGGUGGGCAUGUAUUGAUACAUACGGGUUUGGGGAGAUGGUGCUUAUAGAAAUCUCUCAAAUAGUGCAACAGGAUGUACUCCUUACACCAAAUUUGGCAGUACUGAAACUAACAAUUUAAACCAGGUUUUAAAGAACAAUGAACUUAUUGUCCACCUGGUCACAAGAAGAUGAAUAAGAAUGAAAGUUAUUUUGUUGUUUUGUUCUGGGGACAGAGCUUUUCUGAGCAUCACUAUUAUUUCUUCUGUGAAAUAGGUAUUUCCUGGUCCCCACAAUAGUUUCAGAAGUACCCCUGGGUCCCCAAAGGCGGGAUCCUCUGGUUUCCACAGCAACAUUUUAGCAUCUGGGUUCUUUCAUAUCUUGACUUCCCCCAGCAGAACUUCAUGCUGUUGUAGCUUGCAGCCAUUGCUCCUCCACAUGCACAGGGGCAGGAACAAGGGUUUCCUUGCCAUUCAGCUCCACAGUAGGCACAAUUCCACCUGCCCAGCUGAUUUUCAUCAGUUUUUGUAUUCUUGUAUUUAAGAUGGGGAACCAAGGCUAAGAGAUCAUGGGUUGGCUAAGACCAGUAACACCCCCCCCCAAGGUAAGGCGGUUCUCACUAGACCUCCCAAGAGCUGAGUUACUCCUGCUUACUUGGAGGGGAGGGGAAAGGAACUCAACACACACCGAUGGAGCCAAUCUAGAGCUCCUGGCAAUGAAUUUGCAUUCCCCCCUUCUACAUGGUGUGCUACUGUCUGAAACUGUCUAGCACUAGAGAGCUCUCCACUGAUCCCUGACUGUUGGCCAUACAAUCUAGGGCUGUUGGGAGUUGGAGACCAAAAGCAUCUGGAGAGGAGCUGGUUCCCAAACAGUCUGGCCAGUCUGUUGCCAAAGCAAAAUCUAUACCAUGCAAUACUGAACAAAAGGCAAGUAGGGUGAAUUCCCUGACCUCGCUAGCCAGAGGUCAGAGCUGCUGAAACUACUGCUGGUCCAA